AGCGAGCUGAUAGCCAAUACGAUUACUUAGUAUCUGAUUGUGGCCUUGAGCAAGUAUUAAAAUGAAUUCCGGUGAUAGAGUGACUAUUCAUACGGUAAUUCCUUUGUUUAAAAAUGGAAAAGUGCCUUAACGUCGAGUGUAUUAUGCAGUGAAACAAAAAGCAUCAGAUGUGAUUGACAAAGAUUCUGUGAAUGAGUCUGAUAUCAAAUUGCAAAAUUUGAUCACACCACCGACCCCCAAAGACUUUGCUGAAAAUGGAGACUUUGGUGAAUCCCAGCCUGAUUGCUCUGUACAAUUUAGAGAGGACAAAAAGAAGGGAAAGAUUUUGAAAAUCAUAAAAUAUCCCUUUCAAUAUUAUGACAUUAUUUUUGCGAUGUCUUCAAUUAUAUUGUUUUUUUAUGAUGUUGUGUCAGAUAUUUUACUGGCAGCACACUACUAUGCCCUUGACAGACGGGUUGCAUUUGGUUUUACAACUGGAUUUAUUGUAAUACCAGCUAUUAUUUCAAAUGGACAAAGUGCUCGGUGGUAUUUUGUUGAUUAUGAGCAGGAGCAAAAGAAACUUGCAAAGAAACCCAAAACCAAAGUAACUCCCAUGUGGAUUUGGGUUCUGAGAAUUUUCUUCACUUUUCCAUUAAUGGUUGGACCAGUUGUAAGACAUUCUGAAUUCAUAUACCAUGGCAUUAUGAGUAAGUCAGGCAGUGAUGAGAAAGAAGAGGACAGAAAAAAGAAAUGGCAUCAUUAUAAACAAAUGCUAUAUGAGGACACUGAUGCUGGCUUGGUUCGCAUGUUUGAAUGCUUUUUGGAGGCAGCCCCACAACUUGUUCUUCAGCUUUUCAUCUUGUUCAGUGAGAUAAAAAAUAAUGGGUUCAAUGGGAAUAAUGAUCUUGAAGAGCAUGGGCAUAUGAAAAUCAUCCGGGUGGUGGCCCUGGUUGGAUCUUGGACAGGACUGUCCUUUAGCUUGACCUCCUAUCACAAGGCACUGAGAGCCAUGCAGCAUUCUGAACUCUAUGAAAAAUAUGUCAGCAAGCAAGAUCAGUCCAAAGAUAAUGAGCCUAAGAAACAAAGCCUGUUGUCCACUCUGAUGCUGACCCUAGGGUACUUCUCCUGGAGACUGUGUGAGAUUGGACCAAGGGUGCUGAUCCUAGCCCUGUUUGCUUCUGAGUUUACUUAUUUUGUCCUUGUUGCUGCAGCUGCCCAUUGGAUCGUCAUGACUGUAUGGUUACUUUGCCAGAAAACUAAUUUCUAUGGAGAGAAGAAGAGGGAUGAAGUUAUUUUUAACAUCAUACUUGGCUAUGCUAUGAUUUUCUGCUUUUUGAAUGCUCGAGAUGGACACACGAGGUAUAGAGCCAUUGUGUACUACUUUCUUUUCUAUAUUGAAAACUUUCUUAUGAUGGCAUUGUGGCUGUACAAUGUAGACCAGAAAGAAACCUGGCUUUAUUUUUCUGCCAUUGGAGCAGUGGCUGGGGGUUUCCUGCUACAUUUAAGUCUGCAGCUGAUCUAUUACAAGACUUGUCACCCCAAGGCAUCUGAAAUCAAAUUCUUCCUUCACCCCACACAGCAGGAUAAUUGCUACCAGUCUGUCUGCCAUACAUUGGAAGAGGAGGACCAUCAAAGUGAUACUAAUGCCAAUUAAUUCAUUAUUGAUCUGAUAUGAGCCCAGAGCUUAGACAUUCAGACAGUCUGCUCUGCAUCUCACAUCAUUACCAUUUCUCGCAGGCAAAAUACAAACAGUGAUGUGUCAAAGUGCUCUGUUUCAAACAACACUGAAACUGCAGCUAACAUCAAAAGUAAAUGCAGUUUUGUUGUAGUUUUGUAUGUUAUAUAGAGGAGUUAUGAACUUAGUGACUAGACAUCAGUUCAAACAACAACUUCUAAUUAUAAACAGCAUGAAUAAACAACCAUAUUGUCAAAAGCUUUUUACACAAAAUGGUAGCUAUACCAAUAUUUUUUUCUCCAUAGUAGAAGAUAUAUUUAUAAGUCAGUGUAGUACAUAUACAUGUAUUCCUCCUCAUUUCUAGUGUGUAAUGAGUAUAGGGUAAGAGAAGGCAACUUUAAAUAACAUAGAUUUUUUUUAACAACUUGUAUCUAACAAAAAAAAAUUAAUGAGAUAAAAAUAUUAGCAAAAGACUUAUUGCAUGUUUAUUACAAAGCAGUGCCAUCCUCAUUCAUGAAAUUAAUUUUGUCUUUAUAUUAAGAAGUGAUAAUUUUCUCUUAGUUUGAUUUUCAGAUUGAUUCUUGCAUAUAUUGUCUAUAUGAGAGUAAUGUCCUAUGUAUGCAAAUGCCAUAUCAACAAAGUGCAAAAUAUAAAUGUACAUGUAAUAUUAAACUUGUGGCUUAUCUAGUGUAGUUCUCAUGCAAUGUUUUUACAGGUGUUUGUUAGUGUUUAUUCAUGUAUUUUUCCAAGUACCAUGGACCAAGAUGUUUACAUACUUGAUUUUUUUUUUCCAUACAACAAUCAAAUUUCCCAUGUGAUGAUAUUUAGGGUGUGAUUCGUGAUUUUUGUAUGCCUUUUCUUACAUAACCGGUAUCCUAUUUAUAUUUCUUAUGAAUAUUUUUGCAUAAACUUUACCAGUUGUUUUGAAUUUACUGGUAAUUAGAGAGUGCCUGGGUAUUGUUUGACCAAGUAUUUAUCUUUGUUAUGCCCUCGUAUAUGUUUGUUCCUGUUGGUUGCUUGUAUUUUGAAGUACACAUUAAGAACCCAUACUUUAGGUACACUGUGAAUGUAUAAUGUACUCAUUGAAACAAUUUUGUUUUGUAUGCUGUAUCAAUAGUACAUUGUACAUGAUAUUCAGUGAUUUAAUUUACCUAUAGUAGAUGGUGGUGCUUUAUUAUCACUUUGAGAGUUACUGUAAAGAAGACAAUGAGAAUUGUUAAAUAUUAUAAUAUAGAUAUAUGCAUAUUAUAUAAAGUACUUGUAUCAAAGUAGUCUAUUAUAGUAUAGCUUUACUGAAGAUUCACUUUGAGAGGAUAGGGGAAAAAAAUCACAAAGCACAUUUAUAUCUGUACAUGUAUUUUAAAGGGUUAUUUAUGGGUUCUUGUAUUUUUUUUUUUUUUACAUAAAAGCAGUCUAGAGAUAAAUUGUGAUAUUGGUUAUUGUGGUGGUCUAGAAAUUAUGAGAAAACAUGAUAAAUUAUAAAUUUUGAUUUUAGUUAUGGUGGUGAUGGGAAGAGAAUUUGAUGUUGGACAUUUACUCUUUUUCUCAUCAGCAUAAGUUUAGGGAACACCACAACAUGCUUUAUAUACUAUCCUCCAGUUGUCCUUCUUUUCAUAUUUUAAUACCAGUAUUCACAUUUUAUAGUCCCAUUACAUGUACUUCACUUUACUCUUUUUACAAUUAACUUCCUCCUAGUCUCAAUGAUAGUUCCAAAAACCUAGUCUUCUUUACAAUGAAAUGGAUACAUAUACAUUUUAUAUAAAUUAUAGAAACUGUGUAUAACUUAAAGGUCAUCUGGUAAACCCAUUUCAAAUUCUCUGAUCAGAUUUGGUGUAUUGUACGUACUGUACUGUUGCUUGUGAAUGGUUAGCUUUUCUUAUAGUUAUUCAAUAUAAGACUAAGAUUCAUUUUAAAUAAAUUUCAAUCUGAUGUAAAGAUUUCAUUUGCAAUACAAAUGUAUUCCUUUUUAUGCCAUUAAUUACUGGAGCUUAAUGGUUUGCCUAGAUCAUAUUGGUAACUUGUCCUGCUGCUUUGUACAGUUGUUAAGUCAGUGCAGUGGUGCCCAUGCACACCUUAGUUGGUUGUUAGUAUCUCAGGACUUUGUUAUUAAUUUUUUGAUGCAUGUAUUUUUUGUGAAAAUAUCUAAAUAAAUUAAAGAAUUGAA